AUGCUGCUGACUCGAACGACGUCAGAUAUUGGGCCUCAUACUACGCCAGAAGAAGCAGCAGCGGCGCUUCGAGAGCGCUCGAACUCGCUUGCGAUCAUGGAGUCUAUGCGUGUACAUUCGGUCACUGAUCAUACAAUGAGUUUGAAAGCCAAAGCCAAGCUGAAAAAGGAAAUGGAUUAUGCAGCUCAAGUGGUCAGAACUUUUUUAUCCCCAAAGUUGCUAAAAGACCAGUCAAUUCCACAUGAACUGCUGGCUGAAGCAUAUGGUCUUGUGUUUGUGACUAUGUACAAGGCAGGCUUUUUGUUUACAGGAAAGAUUGGAACAGGAUUUGUUAUAUCACGUACAACAGGAGGAUGGUCGGCGCCCAGCUUUGUCAAGUCGGGAGGAUUUGGCUUUGGUAUGAUGGCAGGCGGUGAGCUUGUCAAUUAUAUGAUUGUCUUAAAUUCGAGAAGUGCUGUAAAAGUUUUCACCCGAAAUGGUCAAAUUCAGUUGGGCUCCGAGCUUGACAUUGCUGUCGGGCCUAUUGGGCGAGCCGCAAGUGCUUCACUUAAUAUGGGACCUGGUGGCGUUGCACCUAAUUACUCGUAUAGUCAUAGCAAAGGAUUUUAUGGCGGCAUUGGGCUUAGUGGCGCUAUCAUUUGCACGCGCAAGUCACUGAAUGCAAAGUGUUAUGGCCCUAAUGUAACAGCACGGCAGCUUUUGGGUGGAGAGGUGGCUUGUUCAUUAGCUGAGCCACUUUGGAGAGCCCUGGAUGAGGCGUUAAAUAUCCAGCGGGAGUAUGUCAACGGAUUUCCUGUGCUGGCUCCCACGUAUACUGGUAUGGCGUGUGAUGCGUGCGGUCAAGUCCUUUCAUCAGAAAACAACGCGAAUGCUUGUGCAAUGUGCGGGAACUUGCUCGUCUACAGUGUCAGUGUACACUCUGGUCGGCGUAAUACCAGUGAGUUUGUUGCUUCAGCACUGAUCAAUCGGACGGAGUAA